UUUUUUUCUUCAGCCAGCCUUUUUCCUUGCUAAUUUUAACACACUUUUCUUUGGUUCCUUAGUUGCUGUUCUCUACACCCCGCACAUAGAAUGAGUUAUGCAAAGCAGCAGAAAUAUGCGCUCGCGAUUCCAAACUCCCCACAUAUCGAGGGUGAGACGACGCCGGUGUUGAACCGACAUGCGUCCGACUAUAAGCUCCUGUUUGGCGUGGAAAAGGUCAAAACAGCCUAUGACAAUUUCUUGCACGGAAUGGAGGUCGCUGGAGGGCCUCUGGCAUGCGCUAUGGCUUAUGGUGCAUCUGUCUACACAGAGAAAGUGGCCUCCAUUUGCAUGCAAACUGAUGCCUGGAUUGCAUUCCAAACCCAUAGCUAAGGCGCGAGUCUUUGGAUACCGCAAGAAUUCGGCACAGGGCGCCGACUCGGAGUUCUCGUGGAUAUCGUUCGGGGAGUUCCACGAUCGGUUUAGAUGCCUUGCACGUGGCUUGGCUGGUCUUGGGAUGCGCCGGGGCGAUAACAUUGGCAUAUUCUCUGGGAACCGAUUGGAAUGGCUGAUAGCCGAGUUUGCUACGUAUUACCACGGGUACGUGUCUGUGGCGAUCUACGAGACACUGGGGCAGCUGUCGUGCGAGUAUGUGCUGAAUCUGACAGAGCUGACAACAGUGUUUUGCUCGUCAGAGUGUGCUCAAAAGCUGCUAAAAAUGCGUGACCAGAUCCCGCUUCUGAAGAAGGUCAUUUUGAUGGACCCGCCGGUGCAGGAGCUUGUCGAUAGACUGACAGAUAGGGGGUUUGCUGUGUACGAUAUGUGUGAUGUCGAAAGGUAUGGCCGCGAGUACCCUGACAUUGAGUCACCGUCCAAGCCCGGAUAUGACGAGGUUGCAACAAUUGUGUUCUCAUCGGGGACUACUGGGCAGCCCAAGGGCGCUGUCUUGACGCACGGCAACAUUGUGUCCAUAUGUGCAGGCGUCAAUUUCGUCAUGGACCAGCGCGACCUACCGUACAUUGGGCCCAACGACUGCGCUGUCAGCAUUAUUCCGCUCUCGCAUGUCCAGGGCCGCUCGCUAAUGCAUAUGAUCAUCGCAUUGGGCGCGAAGACAGCAUUCACACGCAACGAUCCAAGGUGCCUGCUUUCUGAUUUGCGGCAGCUAAAGCCGACAAUAUUUUUUGGUGUGCCCAAGUUCUUCAACCGCGUGCAAGACAAGGUCAUGUCAUCAGUGAAGGAGCGCGGUAAUAUGAUGAGCUCGAUUUUCAAGCAUGCGAUGCGUGCCAAACUACGCAACAUGAAGCAAGGGCAGAGGGGGCAUUGGCUGUGGGACCAGGUUAUCUUCAAGCCCAUCAGCGAGACUCUCGGGGGCAAUAUCCGGCUAGUCGUCUCAGGAACAUCGUCGAUUUCGCGCGAGGCACUUGACUUCAUUCGCUGCAUCUUCUCGUGUGAUGUCGUGGAAGGAUACGGCCUCACAGAGACCACAGGUGCCUCCUGCAUGACAGUGUCAAAGGAUAACAUCUCGGGGCACGUUGGAUCGCCGUUCCCGACAAGCAUGAUCAAGCUGGUCAGUGUCAAAGAACUCGGAUACAAGGUCGACGACAAGCCGUUCCCAAGGGGUGAGAUCUACGUCAAGGGCGCAAAUGUGUUCCGGGGGUACUACCGCCAACCAGAGUUGACAGCCCAGGUUCUUUCGCCUGAUGGGUGGCUACGGACAGGAGAUCUGGGCACAUUUGAUGCACUAGGACGGAUGCGGGUGCUGGACCGCAUUGUCAACAUUUUCACUUUAAAAACCGGCGAGUCCAUUGAGCCAGAGCGCCUCGAGUAUGUGUACUGCGACAACGGACUAGUCAGCCAGGCAUUCGUGUAUGGCAGCUCGGAUCACGACCGGCUGGUGGGAAUAGCAGUGCCGGACAAGGAGUUCAUGGAGGUGUUCCUGCUCAACAAUAAGCUAAUUCCUGAGGGCUCGCGAAUCUCACACGAGCUUAUCUGCGCUGACGAGAACAUCCGCAAUGCUGUACGCAAUGAGAUCAACCGGCAUGGCACUGCUCGUGGAUUGCGGGCGCAUGAGCUGAUCUCUAGUCUGUUCCUGGAACCGCACUCGUUCGAUUACUAUGAUUUGCUGACGCCUAGUAUGAAGCUCAAGCGGUAUGAGGCGCUGCGCCACUACCGGUCAUGCGUCAAUCGGCUGUACCAGGAUAUCGGCGACCAGGGCUCGGUCAUGUGCAGCCCCGACGGGAAAUCUGACAGGAGCUACUCAUUCUACUAG